CGCAGCCCAAAAGUCUCCGUGAAUCACCACCUUAUCUCAAGGUGACAUGACUCCAAAUUUUAGUACUCAAAGACUAUGCCAUCCUCGCAAUGGAACACGACACCUCCAAAACCUUUCGCGAGAUCCAUGGUACACCAUCAGCGCUAGUUGCAGAGCUGGAUAGGAUCCAAGGUCUUGCUCUGCGACGAUCGAGAAGACUGCAUCGGGUUGAGAUCCCAGUACAAUUGCGCUUCCUUGCUCCUCUGGAUCCUCAGCCACAAGGCUAUGGACCCGAUACAGUGCACCUACGACUUACAUCUCCGCAAGAAUACACAGAGACGCAGGAAUAUGUGGCCGUCUCAUAUACCUGGCAGCAGCCUCAGUCGUUCACAGACGCAUUCUUAAACAGGAUUCCUACCUACAAGAUAUGGGACACGGAUAGUCAGCCUUAUAACCCCGAGUGCAACCCACUCGUCAUACACCGCGCAUACCGCUUCGCACAAAAGAAACUGAAGCAAGUCUUGAUAUGGAUCGACCAGGAGUGCAUUCGACAAGAUGAUCCGGACGAUGUUGAGACACACGUGCUGGCCAUGCAUGAGAUCUACAGGCACAGCGCAUUCACGGUAGUACUGCUCUCCCGGAUGGUCGAUAGCGUUCCAAUGGCGGCAGGCUUGUACCCGUUCAUGCACGGCGGUGCCGACGUUUUCGAUAAGCUUCUCAAAAGUGAUGACUGUAGGGUUCGCAAGUUAUGUCUCGUUGCCUUACAGCUGCUGGCGCAGGACCGGUGGUUCUCACGCACAUGGACUUACCAGGAGCGUUUCUUCGCGACCGUAUGCUAUUACGCGGUUUCCAUUGAACCUACACUGGGCGCCAACACACAAGACGGGGGUCUGGAGGACUGGUAUAUACCCGAGCGCAACAUUGUGGCAUUUUCUAAGAAGACCGCGGACAACGCUACUGCACUCAACAAGGAUCAUUUUGGUUUCGACUUCCGUCCUUCAGCGAAGGGUAUGUGCGCCUGCACAAUGGUCACCUUCAGCUUGGUGCGCUUAAUCAAGUUCAAAUUUGAAGCCUCACGCUCUGUUAAUUGGAAGAUCCACCUUCCAGGCUUCGAGAGCUUCGGCAUCAAGAGUGCAGGUAUCAGUACACCGCGCGAGGUAAUGAGUCGCACUGCCAAGGUCAGUGCUGCUGAGGACGAAUUGGACCGCAUUCAGGGCAGAUUCGAAACGAUCAAUCAUGUAUUCCUGGACAUGGAAGCGUGCGACAAUGCCAUAGUGGCAGAUCGCGUCUCAAUAUUUGCGAAUGUUUGUCAACUCGGCUGGACUCUUCCAACUGUAAAGCUCAGGGAAGAGAAUUUAAGCUAUAGCACUUGCAUUCUCGCAUUGCUGCUUCUGGAUGUGCUGAAGGUGCCUGGUGAGGCAGCAAAGAUGGAGCUUGCUGAAAGCGCGAUGAGACUGAGUAUUGGUGGUUUCAUACGAAACGAGGGAUACCCUUUUUCAAAAUUGUUGUAG